UAUGAUACUUCUUACAUCAAGUAUGAGCUGUGUUUGGUUGCAUGCAUCUUGGGUUUCGUUAAUUAAUCAUAAUUUAAUUAAUUUUGACCCGUCUUUGGCGGCAAAGAGUGCUGUCGGGUGAUGCUUGACAGUCUUAGCUUGAAAGAUGACAACUCUCAAGCUCACAAUGUUUCAUGAAGAAAAGUCAUUUAUUGAAACAAAACUAGUAUGUUUCAAACAUUGAAAGAGAACUAGGAUGUGUCUGCAAUAUUUUGUGAUCAUUAUAAAUCAGGAAGCUGUCAUCUCUAGUAAUCAUAGUAGUUUUACAGACAAGACUCUAAGCCUUGACACAUGACACUAUGGGACCAACUGUCUCGAGGGACAUGUUAAACUAGCCAAAGAAAAUGCUUUUAAAUGGUCUCUGAAAUUGACUUGGAAACGUCCAAUUCUCUCCACUCUAUUGCAUUGUUUUCCAAUAUUUUGGUAUUGUUUUAUGAAAUUGAAUACUUGUGGUACAAACGUACACACACCUACUAGGACCAAGUGGGUUGAUUAUUGGUGUGUUUGUUAGUUGCAUUACCUCACACUGCCCCACCGGCCCACCGCACCCUACUGCCCUCAUAAUUGUGACUAAAUUGCCACAUGAAGUGGAAAGCUCGUCUGAAUAUCUGGAAAAAGUAGAGAGUUAAGGACAUGGUCGCGACCGGUUCAGAGUUACCAGGAAGAGUGUCACAUUUUGGGUCAGUCAAAUUCAUGUUAUUACGUCCUACAAAGAAACUCUAAAAAUACUUCCGAGUACCUGCCAGUAUAUUGAAUGAUAAAAACAACUUCCGUUCACAAUUUUUUUGCAAAUUACUUAAACAUUCAUAAUAUGAUUUUAUGAAAUGCGCUGGCCCGAUAUUGCCAUUGUAACAAGCCUCCAAAGUCUCUUCCUUCGACUGAAGCUAAAACUGCGAAAGUUGACGCAAAUUCACUAAUUCGCAAUAUGCUAUUAUGGACAUUUGAAUAUCAAUAAACAAUUAAUGCAGUUCUGUAUAGAAAUAAUUAAUAAUUAGAAAAACAGACGUGUUUUGGCGACCUGUUAAGUGCUUUUUGGUCUAAUCAUAUCAUUGUUUUUAUGCGGGCAAUUUGAUAGUCGAGCUUGUCAGGUGUUCCUGGGAAACAUACAUUCUGCACUCAAAACUCAAAACAAAUUCAAAACAUACUUUUGUUGUUGUGUAUUCAGUCACGAUUUCACAGCACAGAGGCCACUAUCCGAUCAUUGAGGAUUAUAAGCUUUGAAGUGAAUUCCCGCAGCUGUGGUUUUGAAAUUCAAUCGCAUCCGAUACGCUCGGGCGGGCUUGGUCUAGCUGCGUCAUCAUCGCAGCGACCCUAAUGACACUGUUUCUCCUUCCUGUACACACUUACCAAUAUAUCCACAAGCGGUGAACACAAGAAUCAAACGAAUUAAGAGCUUUGGAACCUUGUACCUGAUCAAGACGUAGACAGCAAACGACGGAGAACAAAUGACUACCGUGUCCACCACAACGGUCGGUAUGGACGAAGAACCAGAUGUCUCGGAGAUAUUCAAGACAUUUGCUUGGAUAUUCUGUUUGGCAAUCUCCCUGACAGCAUUUUUUGGUAAUGCGGCGUUGCUCUUCGCUGUCGCAAGAGAUCCACUUCGGUGUUUCAAGACGCGAGCAUCCAGCGUCUUCACGAUCAGUUUAGCGGCGUUUGACUUGCUGACUGGUCUUGUCUACGCAAUAUGGUACAUUGCUAAUCUAUCACGAAGUGCUGUAACAGAAAAGACAUCAAUGGUGUUUGUGUUCAAUUUUGUCCACGUUAAAGGCCAGUGUGCCUUCCUGACGGUCCUCGCCUUGGCUGUGGAUCGCUACAUCGCGGUCGCUUAUGCUGUGCGAUACAAGAAGAUCGUCACACGAAAGAAACUCAUUCUGUGGACGUUGUUAAUAUGGGGAUAUUCCUUUAUCUUUACCACGAUUGUGAACAUUCUGGAUCUACAGGACAAUGAGACUUUAAAAGAUACUGCUUCGUAUAUGCAUCUAGUAUCUCACGUUGAGAUCGUUCUGGUACUGUUAGCAGUGACACUUCUUUAUAUUGCGUCGUUUAAAUCGCUUCGCAAUCACGGGAAAAAGCUAAGAAAUAGCGGGAAGGUGAAUGUAGAACGAAAGGCACAGUAUUUAAAAUCUGAAAAGGAAUUCGCCAUGGCUAUUCUACUGACAAUGAUUAUACUAGUGUGUACUGUGACACCACAUACAAUUUACAUGAUCAUUAAGCUCGCGAAAGGCCUUUGUGCACAUUGUGCUGGGAAUUUAGACUUCAUACGAUUCGCGUAUCUCAGUGAGGGAAUAUACCUUAUUCUCUUCGCUGCUAAUCCAUUCGUCUAUGCCUGGAGGCUGCCGAAAUUCCGAAGCGCGUUGAAGUUGUCAAUGAAGAAACGCUCAAGACGCAGUGUUUACUACGAUAGGACCGAGCGACCAGAAUCUAUGAAAGAAAUAUCAGACGGCAGCCGAAAAACCGGCUCCAUUCCACGGAUUAAUACUAUUGUAAGAUAAGCUGAGCAGUGUUUGCAAGAUAAAGGAAUAUUUAGUUGCACCCAUUAUGUAUCGCAUCGAUACAUAUUCUCCGCGGUUACGUGUGUGAAUCUGUAUACGUUGAACGUUGUCAUGAAUUUAGAGUACAAUUUUAGCCUACGGAAAUGCAUUCGAUACAUUGCCUUCCGUUGUAUAACUGCGCCUUACACACGUGAACAUUUGAUCGUAGUUGAAAAUUUUAUGAUAAAACAACAAUUAUUUCUUCAUCAUUGCGAUUUGUGCAUGUUUUCGAAGCCUUGAGAUGCGUGGAAUGAUGGGCUGUUAAUUACAACAUGGCUGGUGAAAUGUUUGUAAACGAAAGAUAGGAACACAACGCAGACAGACAAUGGUCUAAGUUGACGAAUGACAAUAUAGUCAUGGGUAUGGAUAUCAUUUCGUGUUGGUAUACCUGCUUUCGAAACUGAUAGAGACCCAGACAUGGGAUGAAAUACGAGGGUUAAAAUGUUAUACAAAAUUCACGAAUUUAAUCGGAUUAAUAUAAAUAUGAAUUCUUUCCACUUGCUAUUUGUCGUUAAACGACAAAGCACAAAGAUAUUGUUGCAGUAAUGAAUCUGGUCUCGGUUUGUUGACAACCAAAGGAUAUCAACCAUCAACCGCUUCCUUGCCAUCGUUGCGAAAGUUUUUGUUUGGUAAAAAAUAGGCGGAGUGUUUACAAGAAGGCAAUACCCAGAAAUUAUGCGAAUUGGAAAAAGGAGUUGCCUUAACUUAAUGCAGUUUCCCUUGGCUCUGAACCAGACGGUGUUUCAUAAGAUAAUGUAAGCCACGGCUGUGCAAAUAAAGAAAAAUGCUGGACUUUGUCAAAAGAAGACAGAUUUUUCGGAUUCAACUAUUAAGAUUAAUCAAGGUCUGUAAUUGAUGCCUUAGUUUCGCUCUCUUUGCUGGUAAUAAUAAUCUUGUUAUAAAAGUGUUAAAACCAAGCUUUAGAACCAGUUUGAUAUGUAGCCAUGGGAAUAACGGUCAAACCGCAAACGAUUAUUAAAUAUUUUGCAUAUGUUUCAACGUUUUAUCUUUUCUUUGUUGUGGGGCUUUGAACGGGCAGAUUGUCAUUGUCUGUAAACAAAUUAUUACAUUAAAGAAAUUUCCCUGCUUAAAGUUUGCAUGAAUAAUAAUCGAAAAAUUGCAAAAGACAAUUAUGAUAAGCAUAACCAAUUGUGACCACAUUUGCCCCUAGCUCUAAUCUAUUGUGCCAACGCUAAACGUACGACUUCAAGGAAAAAGAAAGUGAAAAAGAAUAUCAUUCGGUUACAACUAGUUUGAUUAAUAUUUCUGACAGAAGAUAUAUUUCGUGCUUUGUCACGACUGUUUCAAAGACGACGUUCAGGUCAUUGCUUGCCUGGUUUUAACACUUUUAUCCAGAGUAUAAAAGCUUCGUAUAACUGAAAUAGAUUACUAAAUCUGAGUUUCAACUCGUUGCAUCUUGUUAGUGUGCAUAGGAACAACUAUAAACCCUUGAAGAAUGCAUGAGCAAGCAAUAUAUUAUAUAGUCUAUAGAACAUUCUAUUAGUUCGCUCACGUCUCAUGGUAAGCAAGUGUUGUUAUGCAUAUAUACACAAUAGGACAGCCCUGCCUAAUUCAUUACGAAAAUCGUUUAGCAAGUAUUAAUCUUAAUGAUUUUCACUCAAGACCCGACCCCUGCAUCGCGCCAUACCGGCACACCAUAUUGUCCAUUCAAGGACACAGGAAAUUGCUCUUCAGUUCAUAAAGAGUCAUGAAUUAUGAAAAGCCAGCUUUCGUAUGAGGCCUGGGUUGUCUUUGAUGUGCAUGGGCAGUCUUUACUGUUUGUUCCAUCGCAAACAAUACAGAUUGCAGUUAAAAAUACCGCCUAAAAAAUCGUAUGAACCGAUUAGCAACGAAAUAUUCCACUUUGCUCGCGAUCUCCUAAAAUGUAUCCGUCUUGAUUGGAUAAAACCACAGGUUGAUUUCUCAUUUGCGGCCAAAUUAAAUCGAGUAGGAACUUGUCCAAACACGCUGUCAGCCUUUUAUUAAAUAAACCUACUAAAGAUUGCAAAAACCAGCAUGAAGGGUAUCUUAAAUCUUUGUAGUCCGAAUUCCUUAAUCUUCUUGUCUACACGCGUAACGUUGUGCGUGUUUCUAGUUUGUCGGGUCAUGAGUAAUCCUGCAUGUUUCGCCCGCAGGGAUCCGCUGUCUGACCGAGCAACGUCCAUUAGAUCAAUUUGCUGCAGAAAAAAAUCGUCAAUUAUCGCGAAAUAUUUCCAGAACGAGCUGAAGCUUGCCAUGGAAACCUACUAUGAUUAUUUGUCUUUUUAAUCAUGAGAAAUUUAAGAUUCAAUUUCAUAUAUUUAUCGUAAAUUCUUUAAUUUUCACCCUGGCCUGCUCGAAGUCUCCUAUGGCUAUGCAUCAAGCCCUUAUAAAAACUUGUAUCAGUGAAAUUAUAUAUCGAAUAAGAAAUAGUUAUAGGUUCACGUCUUGCUCAAGACAAUAAAUUUGACGUCUUUUGAUGAAAUAGCCUAACAUAUACGAGAUUUUUAUUUACUUCCGUGGCAAUGCAAACUGUGGUGAAAACAUUUUAUUUUAUUGUGAAGCCUGAGACAUGCUGUAUCGUUUUAAUAACAAUUUCAUCAAUAAAAUUCCACGCACUAAAAGAGGCCUUCGUUCAAGCUGUUAGCGAUGUUGACGAAUGUUAAACAUUCUUUUGAAAGGCGUGGGAAACAACAAUUCAUAUAUUUUAAACUGUCAAACAGUUUUGUUGCAAGCAAGCAUUCGUAUAAUACUAUGUAUAUAGAUAUGGACGGUAAUUUUAAGGGAAUAUAUACUUAAACGCGCACGAAAGGUUGAUCACUCUAUAUGGGAUAGACUCGGAGGAAAAAUAAUGUUAAUUUUAAGCUAUUUUUUGCUAUAAAGAAUGUUUAUUGUUAACUUAUACGAAACGUUGUUAUCAAAUGUUGUAAAAUUAUAGAAAAAUGUCAUGUAAAAUAGAUAAUAUAUGGAUAUAGAAUGAUUUCAUUGCAAUUUAUUCGUGGGCCAACUCAUGUAUGUUUUAAGUACCCUUACAAGCUCAUUUUGUCACCCAGUUACUUCAAAACACCGUUCCUGCAAUCCUAUAAUUCCUGCCGGAGAAAUCCACCUUACUUGGAGCGGGUCUAUUCGUUUUUUGAACGAUGCGAAUAUGAAAGCUUUUUCUUUACUGGGAAAUGAUUGGUUGACAAUAGUUUGUCCUGGAUCGUGAUUGGUUAAUACCUAGCUCUUUCUCUUGAUGCUUAAAAUCCUACUCAUCAUAGGGUGGGUCGAGAACAUUCGCAAGCUCGGAAUAUUGAUCUCGGAAGUGGGAAGGGAAAGGUUUACCGCUCCCAAACUUUCAGUAACCAUAUUUUGGUUAAUAUUGGACCGUUGCAUAAGGGGAAAACUUUGGCGAUUAAAUUCUGGCAAGGAACUGAAUCAUUCUGCGGUGAAGUUGUCGCUCUUCAACGUUAAGCUUUAACUCUCAAGCUAUUUACCAUACCAAAACAUUGAUUAAAUUACUCAAAUACUCGUGUGAUAUUGCUACCUGCAUGCUUAGGCUUAGUCGACAACUCUUGUCUGUCGUUAAUCUUAUCUGCAGGACUCGAAGAUAAUUUAAUAACGGAAUAACCGCGUGUUUAUGACUUUUGCUUGCAUCUGUAACUUGAUAUUCCCUAUAUUAACCGAAAUUUCUUUAACAAUUCAAUUGACGGGUAAAAAUGUGUGGCAUACUGCAUAUAUAUGAUAAACAGAAAGUGAUUCUACGGUAUUAGGAAAGUGUUUUAAUUUCUACCGAUAACUGGCGCGAAAUCCAUGUGUUUGAUAUUGAAACUGGAAACUGGCUGUUGUUCAGAAAUUAUUUAAAUACUUUAUCAUGAUUUUUCAAGAGACAAAACAAUACAUUUUUAUUUGUUUUUUAAGCGACUGAUGAUGUAUGAGGAAAGGAACUCGAGAGAACUAGUUCUUUGUCUCUUUGACUUUUUCUUUUGAUUUAUUUAAAAAAUGAAAAACAUUUAUCUAUCUUAAAGAUAUCUUUUCACCUGUGUCUGUUCUGGUGUUAUAUACAGCCGUGAUGUUUUCAUUUCAAGAUUUUUACACAAGAAACAUCUAGACGACUAGAAGAAUAUUUUCACACUGACGAAACGACUAUAGUCGAGUUUGAUAAUUUGUUUGGGCAUCCUUAAAUAUAUUUAAUUGAUCUUUGAUUUUAACACUUUCUCGUGAAAGCGGAAUUUGGAAUUCAGCCAACAACUCUGCGAUAGUGUAUGUUAAAUAUAGCUCUGCUCGAACAAAGACAUUGUAAAUUAAGUUGGAUUAGUCUAAAUCCUUCCAACUUCCUUAUAAAAGAAGCAUAUCUGUUUACUUAUUAAGCAUGAGAUAUUUACACGACAGGGGUCUUAUUAUUACGCUUUAGUCAUGCUUUUGUUGGUCAGUAUGGGCACUGAUGUUUUUUGUGGGUAAAGUUUAUAAUGAUCUAAAUUUUGAUGUAUCGUGUUUUUCCAUUAAAAUUUAUGUCUGUUAUAUAAUACAGAAAUUUGUAGAUGCAUUACUGGGCGUUCGUGCUGUAUAUAAGGAAAUUCCAUUUCAUACUUACAGCUGUCUUGAAUGAAUUUCUUGGCAUAUGCUCUGCACCUUUAAAUAUAUCGCAGAAUUGAAUUCUAUAAAUGAUUUAUGUCAUUAAAUACAUUAUGAUGCAGCACUCUGCUGCUAGUUGCGGGCACUUUAGUGCAAAUGGAAAACAUCUCUCGGGCCAGUCUCGGCUGAUACGAGAAGCCAAUGUUUAAAAAAGCUUUUGUUUCAAGUCAGAGAAUGUUCCUGCUAAAUUUGUUAAGUUUCCUUUUCGUUUAUAUUGGAAACACAUACACAACACCGAACAUAUAAUAUACUGAACAAACAUAAUAUUUUGACAGAUCUAAAAUAUAUAUUGACGGUAAAGAAACAGUGAACAUUUUUCAGAGUUCAACAACAAAUUAGUUUAGACGUGCUGUGUUUAACAAGCAAGGACUCGUUGCAGCUGUUUCAUCUUCGACUUGAUCAACACUUCAGGUUGCAAUGUCUUAAAUCUGAUAAAUUAAAUUUCAAAGUAUACAUUAUCAAACUUGAUGAUCGACAAUGAGUCGCCAAUCAUGAUAUCGCGAACUUCAGUUUUUAUCUUAAUAAAAAUUGGCAUUUAUACUGUAAUUUCGACAGAUUAGUAAACUGAAAUCAACGCUAAGAGCUUCAAAACUGAACUAGGUUUUUUAUUGCUAUCAAUGCGAAUUGAUCAGCGCUGUAUCAAUCGUGUUGACGCAUGAAAUCAAUGGAAUUCUCCUCGGUUCUUUUUGUUCUACAAGAAUUGGCGUCACACAAACUCUUCCAGUACAAUUUCUUGACAUUGAAGAGCAAAUGAAAAACCGCGAAUUAUCCCCACCGCCAGGGGAGUGGAAAAAGGGUCAGCACAACCCAGACCCAGGGGGAGCGAUAGAGCAUGACAUUUACCCACGUUACACGAGGUUUUCUAAGCGGUGUAACUGCUAAUCCUAACAAAAUCCCUAGCAGAAAGUCUGAACAUCGAGGAACAGAGUAGAACACUACAGGAAAUUAAGGUACACGGAUUUUCUUAGUUUUUCUUCAACUCAGGGGUCCCACUUCGUCCCCCGAAUAGGCGGUACAUUCAAUAAAAUUUCGUAUCCUUAUCUACAGACUAUCAACAACGCAUCUUCUCUGUAUUUUUCAUUCUCUUCGCUUGCCAAACAGAUUUCUUUCGCUAUAUAUAGCAGUGCAACUAUUAUAGUUUUGUUGACAAAGCUAGCGUGUGCUCACUCACGGAAUGAUGUAACAUGAUAAGAUUACAAUCAACUCCGUCACGAGUCAGGCUUUCCAAGGCACCAGAGAAUGCGAUAGUUAAAUUGGUUAAUUUUUUUAUCUAUAUUCUCCCUAAAUUUAUCCGUUAUCUAUUUCAUGAAAAAAUCUUGAGUUUCGACACUUCACAGCGUCCCGUGAUCAUGAUACGGCUUGCAGGUUUUAACAUGAACAGGGAACAAUGCUAAUAUUAAUCUAGCUGCUUGUUACAUCGCGACAAAUGAAAACAGUCAAGUCUCAAAUUAAUAUCCUUUGUGGACCGCGGAUUCGCU